AACACGCAAUACCUGGUGUGCCGAACUUGCAUGAAGGGCUCAUGCUUAUGGGAGGAGUAAACAAAGGCAGCAAGCCUGAAAAACACGUUCCGCAAAGCCUCCAAUUCAGACGGCACUUUUCUCUGAGCCAGAGCGACAUGAUCAGGUCCUCUGAGCCGCCACAGCAUUCACCUUAAGCUUUGUUAAGCACUUUUCGGCGGUUUUUAUUUGGGCGACGUGGCGCUGCUCAUCAGGCAGGAGAGUCAGAGCGCAGAGCUGGGAUGGAUGCUGCUCAGAGAGACGCGCCGGUCAGCCCGCUGGAGAGGAGCAGCCACACCGCGUUCAUACACAAUAAUACGCUGUAUGUGUGGGGAGGUUACCAGGUAGUUGCCGGACAGGAUGUCGUGUUGCCCAGUGAUGAGAUAUGGCUCUGUGAUUUAGACAGUGGGAUGUGGGAGCGGAGAGAGAUGACUGGAGACAUCCCACCAGACCUGUCGGGCUUCUGCGGUGCUAAUAUUAACACUAAACUCUACAUCUUUGGAGGAUAUGAAACAGCUGGGUACUCCAGCCAGAUGUUCAGCGUUGACCUCUCUGAGCCGUGCUGCUCAUGGAAGAGAGUGACUGACACGAAGGGAACGACCCCCUCACCUCGUAACAAACACUCCUGCUGGGUACACAGAGGCAGAUUGAUCUACUUUGGUGGAUAUGGAUGCAAGACCUUGAGGGAGUUACGAAACACAUCGUCAUCAAACUUCACUUUAGAAGAGAUGUCCUGGUCAAGAGCUGUAAACGAAGUAACUCUGUGCAAGGGAUGGAACAGUGAGGUGAAUGUGUUUGACACACUCACAGCUACGUGGAGCAUGCCAGAGACUCAAGGUUCUGCUCCAUCCCCCAGAGGCUGCCAUGCCAGUGCCUUGCUGGGGAACAAAGGUUACAUCAGUGGUGGUGUGGAAGCAGCAGAGUUGGACAUGUUCUGCUUAGACCUGGACACCUGGACCUGGACCAAACUUGACAUCUCCUCAGCUUUUGCACCUCUUGGUCGCUCUUGGCAUACCAUGACGCCCACGUCAGAUCACACGCUGUUCAUGUACGGAGGUUUUGGCACAAAUGGAGAUACUUUAAAUGACGCCUGGCAGUUUAACACACAAACAAGAGAGUGGACCAAGAUGAUAAACCCCCACAAAGACAAGCCCAGAACACUUCAAAAUGCACAACAUUUAAGCCUUGCUGCAGUAAACCUUUAUUUACUUGUCAGAGUUUUCCAUACGGCGUGCCUGGGGAGGGAUAGUGACGUUGUGGUGUUUGGGGGAAGCAGGAACCUCCGCAUCGUCAUGGAUUCGAUGGUUAUUUUGAGGCUUCCAUCACCACAUCACUGCAGAGACGUACUCAUCUUUCAGACUCAGCCUUACUCCCUCUCCAGGUUAUGUGAGGAUGUCAUUGGACAAAACUCAGAGCUGCUCAGGUUGCAGCUCAGCUGGCUGCCAUCGAAGCUACAGAGGACACUUGAGAAGAGAAUGAGCUUUUUUUCUGCCAGUUCUUAAAACUUAGAGAGGACUAUGUUUAGACUAGACACCAAGAUUCUGAGCAAGUCUUCACUGAAAUGUCUUCAUUUAUAAGUUGGGAAUAUGUAUUUAUACUUUGAAAAAUGGUGCUAGAUAAGAUACUUUUUAACUUAAUUUGUAAAUGAAGCCUUUUUAAUUUUGGGUAAAAUCAUUCCGUUUUGUGGUUUCAUGUUGUGCUGUCUGUUUAACGUUUAAAAAUUGUCUGUGAAAUAGUAAUAAAAGGUAUUGAUGUAA